CCUUUCUAUAAAAAGUAAUUGGUCAGUAGGGCUUCUCUGUUGGCUGUAUAGCCAUGAGGCUGGGCUAUAGGUGUCUGGUAGCCUUAGUGCUGUUCUUUCUGGGGACAGCUCAGAGGCAAGAUGCCUUCCUCAGGAUCAGCUUCUCAGUCUUGCAGCACAGGUAUGACUGUGGUGACUAUGGGAUGCAGCUGGUGGUUUACCCCAGCCAGGGCUACACCAUCCACUUUAAAGUUAUGGAUGAGUUUGGGACGUCUUUUGAGGUUACAAACUGCUCCAUCUGCCUCCACUGGAUCACAACAGGCUGGGACGGAGCUGUGGUCUUCUCCACUGGUUAUGAUGGCUGCCAUGUGCUGAAGAAGGAUGGUCGUAACUAUCUGAGGGUCCAUGUAGAGGAACUGCAGAGCACUGGGGAAAUUGCUACCACCCUCAAUGUCAAUAUGAUCUGCCCUAAACCUACUGAGCAUGACUCAAGUUCUGAGGGAAAUGUGCAUUCUCUGCCUCAGCCCAGCCUCCAGCACCCAGCACCACCACCUGGAUUGGUGCACUUGGUGCCAAGCAAUAUAGGGUCCCACCUCACAUGGCAGCAGUGCCAAGUGCCAGCUGGCAAGAUCCCAUGUGCAGAUACCCCAGGCCGAGCUGCUUGCUUGCAGGCUGGCUGUUGCUAUAAUGAGAUAGACCGAGUGACUCCCUGCUACUAUGGUAACACAGCCACAGUUCAGUGCCUCAUGGAUGGCCACUUCAUUCUAGUGGUCUCCAGAGAUAUGUCUGAGUACCCCAUCAAGCUGGAUACUGUCCGAUUAGCUUAUGCCCAGGCAGAAUGCAAUCCCAUCCACAUGACGGAGGCUUUUGUGAUGUUCCGAUUCCCCUUCACACAAUGUGGCACCACAGUCCAGUUGACUAGAAGCAAACUGAUUUAUGAGAACCAGCUGAUAUCCAGUAUUGAUGUCAAGAAUGGACCAUAUGGUGGUAUCACCCGAGACAGCAUCUUUAUCCUAUCCUGUCCUCUGUGUAUCCCAAGAAUUUUGCAGGCUCCAGAUAAAUAUCCUGGAGUUGGUGAUGAUAUAGACCUUCUCUGCAUACCAGGAAUUCUUCAUGCUCGUUGUAUCUUCAACACCAGUAACUUCCUGCCAGUCCAGGCUGAGGUUUCCUUGCCUCCCUCGCUUCCUCCUGUGUCAGAGGCUGGGCCCCUGCUGCUUGAGCUGCGUAUUGCCACAGAUGGUACCUACAGUACCUACUACGUGGACGGAGAGUACCCUGUGUUGAAAGUGCUCAAGGACCCUGUUUAUGUGGAGGUUCGCACCCUGGAGAGAACCGAUCCAUCCCUGGUUCUACUUCUAGAGAAGUGUUGGGCCACCCCAAGUGCUAACCCCUUGGAGCAGCCACAGUGGCCCAUCCUGGUGAAUGGGUGCCCAUUCAUGGGAGACAACUACAGAACCCAGCUGGUGCCCACAGGAUCUGCCUCCUCUGAGCUACCCUUCCCUACUCACUACCAGCGCUUUGUCAUCUCUACCUUUGCCUUUGUUGACACGGCCUCCACGGUGGCACUCGGUGGACCAGUGUACCUCUUCUGUAGUGCCUCUGCCUGUCAUCCUUCCCAGCUGGAGCCCUGCAGACCCAUAUGCAGCAAUCCCCGACUGGACAGAGUCCGACGGUAUCUGAAUACCAACAAUGGGACAGAAAAGCCCUUGGACCUGGUGAGUUCUCAUGGACCUGUGAUCUUCCAGGGGAUCCAUGAGCCACGAAGAGAGAGAGUCUAUGAGAAUGAGGAUGUGGUCUCCAGAACACACCCAAGCCCUGUGUUCCUGGGUGCACUUGCUCUACUGGUGAUGACUUUGCUCAUAGCUCUACUGCUACUCUACAGGAGAAGAGGUGGGAUGAUGACCAGGACCCAGAAUUAUAGUUUUGCCCCAAUGCCAGCCCAAGCAGAGGUAGUUAAAGCUACAAAGCAAAGGUGGCUGCAGCCUCCCUCACUGCUGUACUCCUUCCCUGGAGAAGAAAUGAGCUGGGUGAAGAUCACUUGGCUGCAAAACCAGGCUUCUGUUUUUUAUUGUCCAGCUAUUUCAGCCAUGUGGCUGGGCUGCAGAUGCUUUAUCCCCUUGGUACUGCUCAUCUCCCUGGGAAGAACCCAUGGGCAGCUGGACUUCCACCGGGUCACGCACUCAUUCUUACAGUACAAGUAUGACUGUGGAGACUAUACGAUGCAGCUGCUGGUCUUUCCGAGCUGGGGCCACACCAUCCAAUUUAAAGUUCUAGAUGAGUUUGGGACACCCUUUGAAGUUUCAAAUUGCUCCAUCUGCCGCCACUGGAUCAGCUCAGGCGAGGGAGGGGCUGUGAUCUUCUCAGCUGGCUAUGAUGGUUGUCGUGUGCUGAAGAAGGACAGCCGUCACCACCUCAGGGUCCGUGUUGAGGAAUUGCUGAGCACUGGCAUCAUCAUGGCCUCCUAUGAUGUGAACAUGACCUGUCCUAAACUGAUAGAAUAUGACUCCACCUUGGAGGACAAUCUGCGCUCUGUGUCUCCACCCAGCCUGGUGUACCUUGUCCCUCAGCCCCAGCCUGGCCUGAUGCGCCCAAUGCCCCAACCCCAGCCUGGUCUUGCAUACCCUGUUCCCCAACCUCAACCUGGCCUGCUGCAUCCUGUCCCUCGGCCCCAGCCCCAGCCCCCGCCCCAGUCCCUGCCUGGUUUGGUGCACUCUGUGCCCCAACCCCACCCUGGUGUGGUGCGUCCUGUCCUUCAACCUCAGCCCCACCCUGGCGUGGUGCGUCCUGCCCUACAACCCCAACCCCAGCCCCAGCCCCAGCCCCUGCCUGGUCUGGUGCACCCUGUGCUCCAACACCAGCCUGGCCUGGUCCGUCCUGUCCCUCGACCCCAGCCCCAGCCCCUUCCUGGUCUGGUGCACCCCAUACCCCAAUCCCAGCCCCAGCCUGGUCUGGUGCAUCCUGUCCAUCAGCCCCGGCCCCAGGCCCUGCCUGGUCUAGUGUACCCUGUGCCCCAGCCCCAGCCUGGCUUGGUGUACUCUGCUUACCAACCUCAGCCAGGCUUGGUACACCUUAACUCUCAACUCCAGCCCCAGCCUGGCCUGGUGUAUCCUGCUCCCCAAACUCAGCCUGGCCUGAUGCGUCCUGUCCCUCAGCCGCAACCACAACCACAGCCUGGCCUGGCCCGCCCCAUUCCUCAACCCCAGCCCCACCCCCAGCUCCCCAGCCGGAUACGCCCCGUAGUUCAACCUCAGCCAGGCCUGGACCAGCCUAUUCCCGGCCUUCUGCGCCCUGUGCCCCGGCCCCAGCCCUUGCCUGGGUUGGUGCACCCUAUCCCACAGCCCCAGCCUGGCUUCGUGCACCCCAUGCUGCAGCCACAGCCACAUCCCAGCCUGGUGCGCCCUGUGCCGCUCUUCUACACUUCCACACAAGCAGGAGCCCAGCUCACAUGGGAGCAGUGUCGAGUGGCAGCUGGCAAAAUCCCCUGUGGAACUACCCCCGGCCGAGCUGCUUGCUUGCAGGCUGGCUGCUGCUAUGAUGAGACGGACCGAAUGACACCCUGCUACUAUGGCAAUACAGCCACAGUUCAGUGCCUCAUGGAUGGCCAGUUCAUUCUGGUCAUCUCCAGGCACAUGUCUGAGUACCCCAUCAACCUGGACAGUGUCCGGAUAGCCUACGCCCAAGCAGGAUGUGACCCCAUACGAAUGACAGAGGCUUUUGUGAUGUUCCAGUUCCCCUUCACGCAAUGUGGCACCACAGUCCAGGUGAUUGGUGACAAACUGGUCUAUGAAAACCAGCUGAUCUCUAGCAUUGAGGUCCGGACCGGGCCACGUGGCUCCAUUACCCGGGACAGCACUUACAUCCUCCAUGCACGCUGCAUCUACAAUGCCAGUGACUUCCUGCCGCUCCAAGUUGAAGUCCUUAUGCCCCCAACACAAGCUUCAGUUGCUCAGUUUGGGCCCCUCCGACUUCAGCUGCGCAUUGCCACAGAUGAGACCUACAGUGGCUACUAUGUGGAUAGAGAGUACCCUGUGGUGAAGGUACUUAGGGACCCUAUCUACGUGGAGGUUCGCAUCCUGCAGAGAACAGACCCAUCCCUGGUUCUGGCUCUGCACCAGUGCUGGGCUACCCCAACCACCAACCCCAUGGAGCAUCCACAGUGGCCCAUUCUCGUGGAUGGGUGCCCGUUCUCAGGAGACAACUACAGAACCCAGCUGGUGCCCAUGGGAUCUGCCACUGCUGAACUACCCUUCCCUAAUCACUACCAGCGUUUCAUCAUUUCCACCUUUACAUUUGUGGACACUGCCUCCUAUGCAGCCCUCAAAGGAGAAGUUUAUAUUUUCUGCAGUGCAUCCAUCUGCCAUCUCUCCCAGCCAGAGCCCUGCAGGCCCACAUGCCAAUCAGGAGCUACAGCAAGAGCCCGCAGGUCCCUGCGCACCAACAAGGAGAAAGAAAAGCACCCAAAUCUGGUGAAUUCUCAUGGACAUGUGAUCCUCAGGGGGAGCCCUGGGACAUCCAGAGAGUGAGAUGGAGAACGAUGACCCUGUCUUCAGCCUAGUUCUGUGCUCCUGGCUGUGCCCUCCCUCUUGGUGAUGGCCCUGCUCUGUAGAGGAAGGGGCUGGAUGACCGGCCCUAAAGCCUUCAUGGGUAAUCACUGGAACAUAAGAGGAAGAAAUAAAAUCUGUGGACUACA